AUGAACUUGACAAUAUCAAAAACUAUCCAAGAAAAUGAUCAAUUAAUAAAAGCUAAUCAAAGAAUUCGAGAAUUAGAAGACAUGGUUGAAACAUUAAAAUCUAUGACAUUUCGAUUAUUAAAUGAUCAAUCUACCAAUGUAACGACAAUAUCAAAAGCAAAAACUAAAGAUGAUAUUCAAGACGACGAUUAUUUUGCUACAUAUAAUUAUUAUGAUAUUCAUAAAGAAAUGCUUCACGAUAAAAUUCGUAUUGAAAGUUAUUUAAAAUCAAUAAAAGAAAACGUCGAUGUAUUUCAUAAUAAAAUUGUAUUAGAUGUUGGAUGUGGAACAGAUAUACUUUCUAUGGCAUGUAUUAAAUAUAGACAAGCAAAAAUGGUUAUUGCUGUUGAUAUGUCGGAAAUGAUUUAUGAUGCUAUGACUAUUGCUAAAGAAAAUAAUAUUGAUGAAUCGAAAAUUAUUUUUAUUCAUGAAAGAAUUGAAGAUGUGAAUUUACCUGUUGAAAAAAUAAAUAAUGAAUUUUAUUGA